AUGUACAACAAUAUAGUAGUUACACCAAGAACAAAGGUACUUGCAAUAGUUGCAUGUUACUCAUUGUUCAUUUGUGUUGCAUUGGCUGCACCACAAACAGUUCAACAACCAGGAUCAAUCAACUACUCUACAUUGCCAGCACAGUUACCAAUCGAUGAGUUGAAGGCUAUUCUAAAGAAUGACAUUAAGGACAUGUUCUAUCAUGGCUACGACUGCUACAUGAAGUAUGCAUUCCCAAUGGAUGAGUUGAAGUCACUCUCAUGUAAAGGAUCAGAUACAUUUGGAAAGUAUGCAUUGACUUACAUUGAUACACUGGUAACACUAUUGGUGGUCGGUGGCAAUACAACAGAGUUUGAGAAGGGCGUCAAAUGGUUGAGUGAGAGCUUGACAUUCGAUAAGGAUAUGACAGUGUCAGUGUUUGAGACCAACAUUAGAAUCCUUGGUGGUCUGCUCUCAGCUCAUCUCUACGCAGAGAAGGUCUUGCCAGACUACAAGGGCGUACUUCUGCCACGUGCACUGGACAUUGGCGAGCGUCUGUUGGUGGCCUUUGACACACCCACCGGCAUCCCAUACGGAAGUGUCAAUCUGCGCAAGGGAGUCUCGCCCGACGAGUCCAAGAUCACAUGCACAGCCGGUGGUGGCACGUUUGCCCUGGAGUUUGGCAUCCUCAGUCGACUGACUGGCCGUCCCGAGUUUGACAAGGCUGCAAAGCGUGCGGCCAAGGCACUCUGGAAGUACAGGUCCAUGACUAGUAAUCUGUUUGGCAACCACAUCAACGUGUUCACGGGCCAGUGGGAGAGCUGGGGACAGGAAGCCAGCAUUGGCAAUCAGAUCGACUCGUACUUUGAGUACAUGCUCAAGGCGGCGCUCUACUUUGACGAUCAGGAGUACAUGGACAUCUUUGUCGACUCGUACAAGGCCAUCAUCCAGCACACCAAGAAGGACGACUGGUACGUCCUGGCUCACAUGAACAACCCCAAGAAUGUACAGCACAUCUACAGCAGUCUGCAGGCAUUCUGGCCCGGACUCCAAGUGCUGGCCGGCCAGCUGGAGGACGCCUACGGCACCACCAAGGUCUUCCAUUCAGUGUGGCGCAAGUAUGGCUUCACUCCCGAGUCCUACAAUCACAACACUCAAAGAAUCAACCAGAAGCACUAUCCACUGAGACCAGAGUUGGCAGAGUCAAUCUACUACAUGUACACUGCCACCAAGGACCCACUCUACAUCAACAUGAUCAGAGACCUUGUCUGGACACUAAAGAGUGUUACAAGGACUAAAUGUGGACAUGCAGGUGUAUUGGAUGUUGAGGCUCAUACUCUGGAUGAUAAGAUGGAGUCUUUCUUCUUGGCAGAGCUGUGCAAGUACUUGUAUCUUACAGUGGAUGAUAACAAUAUGGUUGGAAAUGAGACUAUUGUGUUCACGACAGAGGCACAUGUAUUCCCAAUGCAACAUAGAUUCCUCUCUAACAAGUCAACUGGCAAGCAACACCGUCCAACGUCCAAGGGCAAGUCAAAGGAGACGGACAUCUUCUCCAAGGAGUUCAACUGGAAGUGUAAGCCUGAAUCGUACCUACGCGAUAUCUCUGCUGGACCAAUGCAGCUGGCCGACAAGACAUUGGCACAGUCUGCGCCCGAAUGGUUCGAAGAUCAGAAUAUUUUGGCAUCAUUAUAA